UAAGCCCGCCCAGGAGGUAUAAUAACACCAUGGUGUAAGUGUAACUGGAAAGUGGAAACAGUACAUUUAAAUCAUGUUUAAAUGAAGCGAAAAAAGAAACUAGGCAACGUUUUUCCAUGUUGAUGUUUUGUUCUAAAACCUGUUUGCUUAAACUGGAAGCCGACAAGUCAGUCCACCUAAUUUACCAAGUUACCAGUACAAGCCGACAAGUAAAAUGAUCUCCUACACCUUUGUUCGCUUUUCUUCGGAAUGUCGAGGUAUAUUGCGUGUGUCACCAAAUUCACCACUGAAAACUAGGUUCAUUAGGAAACCUUGGAAUGGGGCAGUGUUCUCCACCAGCAAGUUUGUACAAACUAAGAAAGAACACAAAACAAAAUUUGUUAAAUCAACCCUUGCUGAAAGACUUGUGAAUGGCUCCCCCAAGGAAAUGCAGCCAUAUCUAAAACUUAUCAGAAUGGAUCGUCCAAUAGGAACAUGGCUACUAUUUUGGCCCUGUGGAUGGAGUGUAACAUUAGCUGCACCAGCAGGAAGUUUUCCUGAUAUUGGCAUGUUGGGUCUUAUGUUGGCUGGUUCUUUCGUGAUGAGAGGAGCAGGAUGCACCAUAAAUGAUAUGUGGGACAAAAAAAUUGAUCAACAGGUUGAAAGAACAAAAGAUAGGCCUUUAGCCAGCAAUCAAAUCACAACUCUUAAUGCCUGGGUUUUUCUGGGGGCACAACUAAGUGUGGGACUCCUUAUUCUGUUGCAACUGAACUGGUACAGCAUCCUUUUGGGAGCAAGUUCAUUAGGAUUGGUUGUAUCUUAUCCUUUAAUGAAACGUGUUACAUAUUGGCCUCAGCUUGUACUUGGCCUCACCUUCAACUGGGGAGCAUUAAUUGGGUAUUCUGCCAUCCAAGGUUAUUGUGAUUGGAGUGUAUGCUUGCCACUCUACGCUGCUGGAGUAGCUUGGACUUUGGUAUACGAUACGAUAUACGCUCACCAAGACAAGUACGACGAUGCUGUCGUAGGAGUUAAAUCAACUGCGUUGAGAUUCGGCGAAUCAACUUCUAAAUGGCUCAUGGGGUUUAGCUUGAUCACUGCUACUGGAUUUACCAUUGCCGGAAUAAACGCAGAUCAAUCUUGGCCUUAUUAUAUGGCAGUUUUGGCAACCAAUGCGCACUUAAUUUAUCAAAUAUCAACAUUAAAGAUCAACGACCGUGAAAGUUGCGCGAAAUUAUUUAAAUCCAAUAGGGAUAUAGGCGCCGUACUCUUUUUGGGUUGUGUUCUUGGGACGUGGUGUCAAUGAAUUUGAAUUUUUUAGAACAAUUGGUUACAAAUAUGUUUAUGGCGGGAAAGCCGUACUUUCCUUACUUAACGGAUAAAGGUUAUACCCUUAUACUACACUUAAACCAACAUAAAAAUGUUUAUAUUACGGCCUUAAGUGACUGCUAGUAUUUACUAUUGUAUCCUAUAAAAACAUCCUAUUAUCAUUUCUCUUGUGUAUGGAAAAUUUACUACGUUGUCCGAAUGAAAUUUGACGAACCCACUGUUAUUAUGGCGAAUUUUUGGCAUAAUAAAAGGUGCCUUUAUAUUGA